AUGGCAGGACCACUAUCAGUAGAUGAGAUAUUAGCAAAACAAAAGGCAGAGAAAGAGGCAGCUUCAAAGCCCAAAUUUCUGUCAAAAGCCGACCGAGCCAAGCUAGCAUUGGAGAAACGGCAAGCCGAAGUGCAAACUCAGCAGGAAAGGGAAGAAGCUGAACGUAGACAGCGUAUAGAUUUUGAACGUGCUGCCGAGGAGGAAAGGAGGAGGGCUGAUGCUGUCAGGUAUGGUGCAGAUGUUAGGGGAUCAUACGACCGAUUCGGAAGACAAGAGUACGGACGACCCGAUCCUCGAUAUACCAACGGCCAUAAUGCAUCUCGGUCGAACUUACCUACCGGACCAAGAGGGAAUGCUCCCCCCUCCGGACCUAGGGGGAUGAGAGACUCUGGUACUCCUCUGCCAUAUAACGGUAAUGGUAAUGGACUGUCGACCGGACCUUCAACGCCCAAAGCUGGAUCUUCAACUCCCGGACCAAAUUCUCCCGGUGAUGUCGCUCUACCGACAGAUACAGAGCUGAACGCGUUGAAGGCUAGAUAUCUAGGUCAAAAAGUAGAUGGGAAGAAACCUAGGUUGAGAAAAGCAAAUGAUAAGAAAGUGGUAUUCGAUUGGAACGAAAAUGACGAUACGACAUUGAAUGAACGUGGUACAUGGACGAUGGAUAUUAAGCAGAAAGGUCCAGGAGGUGCGAUGUUUGGGGGGAGGUUAGCGGGUUUCGAUGAAGGUGGUCAGAGGAGGGGUCAACAGGCUUUUACUGAUAACCACGCCGACGCCCUGGAACGUCGACGAGCAGGUAAAGGAUCCAACGAUGAUCGACACUGGUCCGAAAAGCCUCUAGAAGAGAUGAAAGAUCGUGAUUGGCGUAUCUUCAGGGAAGAUUUCGCUAUCGCCGCCAGAGGUGGUAGUAUUCCUGUCCCGCUACGGUCAUGGAGAGAGUCGAAUAUACCGCUAAAUAUCUUGGACAUAAUCGAAGAGAUUGGGUAUAAAGAACCUUCACCUAUUCAAAGACAGGCUAUACCGAUUGGUAUGCAGAAUAGGGAUUUGAUCGGUAUCGCCAAGACUGGUUCCGGUAAAACCGCUGCUUUCGUCAUACCCAUGCUAGAUUACAUCGGUCAUUUACCCCCAUUCAAUGACGAGAAUCGACAUAAAGGUCCUUACGCUUUGAUCAUGGCGCCAACUCGAGAGCUGGCUCAACAGAUCGAACAAGAGGCUGCGCGAUUCGCCAAGCCCCUAGGUUAUAACUGUGUAUCUAUCGUUGGUGGUCGAUCAGUAGAAGAACAGCAAUUCAACUUACGAAACGGUGCCGAGAUCAUCAUUGCUACUCCUGGUCGUCUAAAAGAUAUGAUCGAUAAAUCAAUGCUGGUCAUGUCUCAAUGUCGUUACGUCGUCAUGGAUGAAGCCGAUAGAAUGGUCGAUCUAGGUUUCGAAUUGGAUCUCAACUUCAUCUUAGAUGCCAUGCCUGCUACGUUCAUCAAACCGGAUGAUGCUGAGAUCAAUCACGCGUUGAAGUCGGGUGAAUGGCAAGGAUGGAGAGUGACCACCUUGUUCUCCGCUACUAUGCCUCCUGCUGUCGAACGAUUGGCUAGAAAGUACCUUAGAAAACCUGCAACAGUCACUAUCGGUAAUGCGGGUGAGGCGGUCGAUACCGUCGAACAACGAGUCGAGUUCGUCUACGGUGGAGAGGAGAAGAGGAAAUCGAGACUUAUCGAGAUCUUGCGAACUAUCGGCUUACCUCCGCCUAUCAUCAUAUUCGUUAAUCAGAAGAAGACCGCUGAUAUGGUACUUCGAUAUGUUCAACAAGCCGGCUUGAGUGGUGUCUCUUUACAUUCAGGUAAAUCGCAAGAACAGAGAGAAAGUUCGCUUCAAGCUUUACGUGAUGGUCAGGUAUCUGUUUUGGUGGCCACAGAUCUGGCAGGAAGAGGUAUAGAUGUACCGGAUGUCUCGUUGGUUAUCAAUUGGCAAAUGUCGGAUACGAUUGAGAAGUAUGUUCAUAGAAUUGGAAGAACAGGUAGAGCGGGUAAGAAUGGUCUGGCAAUUACAUUUUUGACCAAUGACGAUGAUGAGGUCAUGUAUGAUUUGAGGGUCGAGGUGGAAAAAUCAAAAAUGUCAAAGAUGAAUCCUGAAUUGGCGAGACAUGAGGCUGCGAAGACGAAAGUGACGAGGGAGAUGAAGAGAAAGAGGGAUGAUAACGAUGAGUAG